AUGCUGCGUUUCACGAUGGCUUGUGCGCUGGCGUGCCAAGUGUACGCCGACGUGCAACUGAUGCAGGUGUCGGUGCUGCGUCGCGCGGGCGGUGACACCGCUGUCCAGCCAGACGCGGUCUGCCACACCGCCGUCGUGGACGACGCCUGCUACAAGAAGGUGGAGUGGGCGAUGCAGGUGGGCAUCGCGAAGUAUCCCGAGUGGUUCUCGCCCUUGACCAGCAGCUCGCCUUUCGAGGACUUCCAGCGGCACCUGCACGGCGUGCCCAGGUUCGCCGACGUGUGCGCCGAGCCCUGCGCCGCGCGGGCGCCCGAGGGCUGCCGCACGUCCGUCAGAGGGGAGCAGUGCUACGAGGAGGUGCUGUGGGUGAUGCAGACGGGCGUCGUCGAGUUCCCCGACUGGUACUCCCCCUUGAACAGGAGCUCGCCGUUCGAGGACUUCCAGCGGCACCUGCACAACUCGGCCAGGUUCUCCGGCGUGUGCGCCGAGCCCUGUGCGCCCGGCGUGCUGGAGGAGCCCGCGGCGCGGCUGAGGCCGGAGGAGCCGGCGCGGGAGAGCUGCCACACCUCCGUGGAGGGCGAGGCGUGCUACGGCGCGGUGGACUUCUCGAUGCGGCACGCACAGGGGUACAAGCACUGGGACCUGAACGAGAAUUCCAGCUUCGAGGAUUUCCAACGGCGCGUGCAUGGCCUGGACCCUCAGCUGUGCCCCGAGCCGUGCUCCGCAGGGGAGGAGCCUGCUCAGCUGCAGGCCCGGGCCGCGGCAGAGCCAGCGGAGGAGCAGAGGGACGAGAGCUUCCCGAGCACGCCGCACCCGACGCUGCCGCCGGGAAUCCCGUGCACGUGCCUCUCGCCGUGCGCCAUGUUCGUCGUCUGGGACCAG